CAGCGUGCUUGAUUUCUUGUCACAAACAUGAGCGUACGUAGCCAAUCUUCCAUGGAAGCUUUACCAUUUGGUAAAAUAACUAAGUGGAGAACCACUUAUGUUGAUCCUGUAAAUGGACAUAUAUUUUGCCAACUAUCCGAACCCUCUGUUGCUGCUAAGUAUGAGAGGAUGGAAGAAGGAAUCAAAUUUUUAGUAAAUUCUAAUAUGCUUGAAAAAAGAAUUUUGGAUCCUGUCAUAGGUGAACUUUGUUUGGGUCAGUCUUCAAUCAAUAAAGCUUGGUAUCGAUCGCAAAUUAUUUAUGUUGAAAAAACGAUUCGACAUGUUGAAGUAUUUUUUCUAGAUAUUGGAAUUAAUGAUUUUAUUUCAUUUGAUUCAUUACGAGAUCUCCCUCCACAAUUUUUUGAUAUUCCUGCAUUUGCACAUGAAUGUAUGCUAGCAGAUAUUGAGCCUGUUCUUAACAAUAAUAAAUGGAAUGAUAGUGCAAUAGAGCUGAUAAAAAAACAAGUAAUAGACAAAGAAGUUGCUGGUAUUGCAGUUCGUCUUUAUAACAGAAACAUUUUAUUGAUAAAACUUUAUACAAAUUUAGAUGCUUUAGUUACCCUUGCCGAUCAACUUAUUUCUACAGGUUUUGCACUCCCAAAACCAUUAAAAUCAUCAAUUGAAAGUGUUGGUUACAUAAAACAACACUCUUCUUCAAACUCUGCAUCUAACAGUAUUCCUGGUUCCAUAAAAUCUGUUAAAAGUGUAAUCCCCAUGUUUUCAGAAAUUAGUCCACAAAAGUGUCUUGAUGUAUAUGUUGUCUUUUUUCAAAGUUUGAAUGAAUUUUAUUGCCAAUCUACAUCUUCCAAAGAAAAGCUGUUUAAUCUACAAGAGCAACUGCAAUGUAUUAAUGUAAGAAAUAGCUUAACAACUUUUGAAACAGAUCAACCUUGUUGUGCUAAAUUUUCUGAAGAUAAUCAAUGGUACAGAGGAUUAAUAAAAAGUACGCAAAUAAAUACAUGUGACAUUUUUUUUGUUGAUUAUGGAAAUACUGAGGUUAUUAAUAAAACUGAUAUAAAAGAAUUAAGUCCUGAUUUUUGUGCAAUACCAUCAAUGGCAUUUUGUUGUUCACUUUCAGGAAUAAAACCUCUUGAAACUGAAACUAAGUAUUCAGAAGAAGCAAAUUUUCUGUUUCAAAAACUUGCAUUUACUGAAUAUUCAUUAUCUGCAUUAAUAAUGCAUAUUUCAGAACAAUCAACUGAUGUAAUAUUAUAUGAUAACAAAAAUAAUCCAAUUAAUCAAAUAUUGGUUAAUGAAAAAUUAGUGGCAGCAACUGGUAUGCCAACUUUAGAGAAAGCCAACCAAUCACUAAGCUCUCAGUCAAUUGGUUUUAAGAGUAAUGUUGAAUCUGUAAUUAGUUUUAUAUCACCAAAUAUUGAUAUCGGAAAAGAAGAAACAGUUUUUAUUAUUACUAGUUUUAGUCCAAACAAAUUUUUUGUGCAUUUAUCUCACUCUUCAGAAAAGCUUCUUCGACUUAUGAGUGAUAUAAAGACAGUAUACAAAAAUUCAGAAAAUACUGACUUAAUAGCUAACCCUGUUGUUGGUCUUCAAUGUGUGACUACAUUUAGCGAAGAUGAUGAGUAUUAUAGAGCUGAGAUCCAAAAAGUGGAUAAAAAUGAAUGCCAGGUUUUUUUUGUUGACUAUGGAAAUUCUGAGUCAAAGGCGUUAAAUGAAUUGAAACCUUUACGAAAAGAGUUUAUUAAACUACCAAAACAAGCUGUUGAAUGUCGUUUAGCUGGAAUAAAACCUUUAAAUGGAACAUCUCAGGUGUUUUCACAAGCAGCAUGUGAAAAAUUUGAAGAGCUCACAAUGGACAAAGAGUUACUAAUGAAUGUGUUAGAUUUUUCAGACGGGGUAUAUUCAGUUGAACUUUAUGAAUCAUCCAAUAGUCACAAUGUUAUAAGCCAAUUAAUUUCAUCUGGACUUGUAGCAAAAACAACUCAGAAAAAAGAUUAUGGAAAAGCUGUAUCUAUUGGCUAUAAUUACAAAGAACUAAACAUAGAUGUAAACAGUUACUUUGAUGUUGUUCCUGUCAAUGUUGUUAAUCCUAAUCUUUUUUAUUGUCAUGUUGUUCAAAAUGCCUUGGAGUUCAAGAAAUUAACAGAAACAAUUAAUGAGUUUUAUCAAUCAAAAGAUUUUGUUAAUCAAAAUGUUUCAUGGAAAGAAAAAAUGCCAUGUGUUGCAUUAUUUUCUGAGGAUCAAACUUGGUGUCGUGCUUCAAUAAUUUCAACAAAUCAAAAUUUAUUUGAAGUUUUAUAUGUUGAUUAUGGUAACACUGGAACUGUUUCCAAUACAAAUGUGUUUCCAAUAUAUGAAGAAUUUAUUAAAUUACCUGUGCAAGUUUUUCCAUGUUCACUAGUUGAUAUUUUACCAAUACAAAGUUCUUGGCAUAUGGAAGCCAUUGAAAGUUUUCAGAAUUUUGUGUUGGAUAAACAUUUAGGCGCAUUUGUGAAAGAAAAGUGUAACAAUAUAUAUUCUAUAGUUCUCUAUGAUACACGAAGUUCACCUGAAAUCAAUGUAAGUCAAUGGCUCUUACAAAACAAUUAUGCUGUUACAACGGAUAAUUCUAUCUCUAACCUUGUACCAUCAAACAUAGAAAAAAUUUAUGUUACUACUGCUGUAAGUUCAACAGAGUUGUAUGCUCAGUUAGAAAGAAUGAAAAAUGAUUUGCACGAAUUAAUGAAUAAUAUUAAUAACUUUUAUUCUAAUUUAAAACCUGCUGAAAUGUCUAUUUCUACACCAAUAAUUGGACAGUACUGUUGUGCAAAGUUUACAGAAGAUGAUGUUUGGUACCGAGCAGUUGUUGAGAAGCUUAAUGGAAAUAUUGUUGGUGUGUUGUAUAUUGAUUAUGGAAAUAGAGAGUACUUGUCUGUAAGUCGUAUUAAAAGAUUAAAAUCCAGUUUUUUAACUAUUCCAAAAUAUGCGCUUCUCUGUCAAGUUUCAAUAGACACUUCAGAAUUAUUAGAUAAAGUAUUAAAUGUUGAGUUUAUUACAAAAAGUGUUCCAUUUAAAAUAAAACUAAAUGAAGAUGACUAUCAGGAACUGUUGACAAAUAAUAAUAGAGUUUCACUUAAUAGCAUUGUAGAAUUACCUUCAAUCAGUAUUGCUGUUGGUCGUUAUGAAACCAUAUGUUAUUCUGUAGAAUCGGCAACUAAAAUCAAUUGUCAACUUACAAAAUUUUUAUGUGAUAUCGAUAGAAUCAUGUAUGAAAUUGCUACUGUUGCUGAUUCAGCACCUGUUCUUUUAAAUCCUGUUAUUGGACAGUUAUGUUUGGCCAAGUAUUGUGUUGAUGAAUCGUGGUAUAGAGGUAGAGUUGUUUCAACUGAAAAAGAUAUUGUUGUUGAGUUCAUCGAUUUUGGAAACAAAGAUGUUGUGCCAUUAAAAGAUAUUAGAGUUUUUCCAGAAAGGUUUUCUAAUGUGCCACAAGCUUAUGUAUCUGUUGUUUUACAUGAUGUAAGCAUAUUAGAUAUUGAUGUUGUAGCUACAAAAAAAUGGUUGGAAGCUUCGUUUUUGGAAGCAAUUUUACAGUUAGAUGUUCAGGAAGUUCUUAAUGCCACAACUGUAAGUGCCUAUGUUUUUGAAAAUGGCAAAUCAGAACAUAUUAAUGAUCAAGUGUAUGAAUUACAUGCUCUACCUGAAAAUAGUUCAAACUCUUUGCAAGAACAAGCUGUCAUAUUACCUCCACCUUUUAUUUCAGGUGUGACAAACUCAAGUAAUGCCAGUUUGCCUCCAAUCGGUAUCGCUGUCGGUCGUUAUGAAGCCAUAUGUUAUGCUGUAGAAUCAGCAACUAAAAUUAAUUGUCAACUUACAAAAUUUUUAUGUGAUAUCGAUAGAAUUAUGUAUGAAAUUGCUGCUGUUGCUGAUUCAGCACCUGUUCUUUCAAAUCCUGUUAUUGGACAGUUAUGUUUGGCCAAGUAUUGUGUUGAUGAAUCGUGGUAUAGAGGGAAAGUUGUUUCAACUGAAAAAGAUAUUGUUGUUGAGUUCAUUGAUUUUGGAAACAAAGAUGUUGUGCCAUUAAAAGAUAUUAGAGUUUUUCCAGAAAGGUUUGCUAAUGUGCCACAAGCUUAUGUAUCUGUCGUUUUACAUGAUGUAAGCAUAUUAGAUAUUGAUGUUGUAGCUACAAAAAUGUGGCUGGAAGCUUCGUUUUUGGAAGCAAUUUUACAGCUAGAAGUUCAGGAAGUUCUUGAUGUCACAACCGUUAGUGCCUAUGUUUUUGAAAAUGGCAAAUCAGAACAUAUUAACGAUCAAGUGUAUGAAUUACAUGCUCUACCUGAUAAUAGUUCAAACUCUUUGCAAGAACAAGCUGCCGUAUUACCUCCACCUUUAAUUUCAGAUGUAAUAUCCUCCAGUAUUAUCAGUUUGCCUCCAAUCAAUAUUGCUGUCGGUCGUUAUGAAGCCGUGUGUUAUGCAGUAGAAGCUGCAACUAAAAUUAAUUGUCAACUUACAAAAUUUUUAGGUGAUAUUGAUAGAAUCAUGUAUGAAAUUGCUGCUGUUGCUGAUUCAGCACCUGUUCUUUCAAAUCCUGUUAUUGGACAGUUAUGUUUGGCCAAGUAUUGUGUUGAUGAAUCGUGGUAUAGAGGUAGAGUUGUUUCAACUGAAAAAGAUAUUGUUGUUGAGUUCAUAGAUUUUGGAAACAAAGAUGUUGUGCCAUUAAAAGAUAUUAGAGUUUUUCCAGAAAGGUUUGCUAAUGUGCCACAAGCUUAUGUAUCUGUCGUUUUACAUGAUGUAAGCAUAUUAGAUAUUGAUGUUGUAGCUACAAAAAUGUGGUUGGAAGCUUCGUUUUUGGAAGCUGUUUUGCAGUUAGAGGUUCAGGAUGUUCUUGAUGUCACAACCGUUAGUGCCUAUGUUUUUGAAAAUGGCAAAUCAGAACAUAUUAACGAUCAAGUGUAUGAAUUACAUGCUCUACCUGAUAAUAGUUCAAACUCUUUGCAAGAACAAGCUGUCAUAUUACCUCCACCUUUAAUUUCAGAUGUAAUAUCCUCCAGUAUUAUCAGUUUGCCUCCAAUCAAUAUUGCUGUCGGUCGUUAUGAAGCCGUGUGUUAUGCAGUAGAAGCUGCAACUAAAAUUAAUUGUCAACUUACAAAAUUUUUAGGUGAUAUUGAUAGAAUCAUGUAUGAAAUUGCUGCUGUUGCUGAUUCAGCACCUGUUCUUUCAAAUCCUGUUAUUGGACAGUUAUGUUUGGCCAAGUAUUGUGUUGAUGAAUCGUGGUAUAGAGGUAGAGUUGUUUCAACUGAAAAAGAUAUUGUUGUUGAGUUCAUAGAUUUUGGAAACAAAGAUGUUGUGCCAUUAAAAGAUAUUAGAGUUUUUCCAGAAAUGUUUGCUAAUGUACCACAAGCUUAUGUAUCUGUUGUUUUACAUGAUGUAAGCAUAUUAGAUAUUGAUGUUGUAGCUACAAAAAUGUGGCUGGAAGCUUCGUUUUUGGAAGCAAUUUUACAGCUAGAAGUUCAGGAAGUUCUUGAUGUCACAACCGUUAGUGCCUAUGUUUUUGAAAAUGGCAAAUCAGAACAUAUUAACGAGCAAGUGUAUGAAUUACAUGCUCUACCUGAAAAUAGUUCAAACUCUUUGCAGGAACAAGCUGCCAUAUCACCUCCACCUUUUAUUUCAGAUGUGACAAAUUCAAGUAAUGUCAGUUUACCUCCAAUCGGUAUCGCUGUCGGUCGUUAUGAAGCCAUAUGUUAUGCUGUAGAAUCAGCAACUAAAAUCAAUUGUCAACUUACAAAAUUUUUAAGUGAUAUUGAUAAAAUUAUGUAUGAAAUUGCUGCUGUUGCUGAUUCAGCGCCUAUUCUUUUAAAUCCUGUUAUUGGACAAUUAUGUUUGGCUAAGUAUUGUGUUGAUGAUUCAUGGUAUAGAGGUAGAGUUGUUUCAACUGAAAAAGAUAUUGUUGUUGAGUUCAUAGAUUUUGGAAACAAAGAUGUUGUGCCAUUAAAAGAUAUUAGAGUUUUUCCAGAAAUGUUUGCUAAUAUACCACAAGCUUAUGUAUCUGUUGUUUUACAUGAUGUAAGCAUAUUAGAUAUUGAUGUUGUAGCUACAAAAAUGUGGCUGGAAGCUUCGUUUUUGGAAGCAAUUUUACAGCUAGAAGUUCAGGAAGUUCUUGAUGUCACAACCGUUAGUGCCUAUGUUUUUGAAAAUGGCAAAUCAGAACAUAUUAACGAUCAAGUGUAUGAAUUACAUGCUCUACCUGAAAAUAGUUCAAACUCUUUGCAGGAACAAGCUGCCAUAUCACCUCCACCUUUUAUUUCAGAUGUGACAAAUUCAAGUAAUGUCAGUUUACCUCCAAUCGGUAUCGCUGUCGGUCGUUAUGAAGCCAUAUGUUAUGCUGUAGAAUCAGCAACUAAAAUCAAUUGUCAACUUACAAAAUUUUUAAGUGAUAUUGAUAAAAUUAUGUAUGAAAUUGCUGCUGUUGCUGAUUCAGUGCCUAUUCUUUUAAAUCCUGUUAUUGGACAAUUAUGUUUGGCUAAGUAUUGUGUUGAUGAUUCAUGGUAUAGAGGUAGAGUUGUUUCAACUGAAAAAGAUAUUGUUAUUGAGUUCAUAGAUUUUGGAAACAAAGAUGCUGUGCCAUUAAAAGAUAUUAGAGUUUUUCCAGAAUUGUUUGCUAAUAUACCACAAGCUUAUGUAUCUGUUGUUUUACAUGAUGUAAGCAUAUUAGAUAUUGAUGUUGUAGCUACAAAAAUGUGGCUGGAAGCUUCGUUUUUGGAAGCAAUUUUACAGCUAGAAGUUCAGGAAGUUCUUGAUGUCACAACCGUUAGUGCCUAUGUUUUUGAAAAUGGCAAAUCAGAACAUAUUAACGAUCAAGUGUAUGAAUUACAUGCUCUACCUGAAAAUAGUUCAAACUCUUUGCAGGAACAAGCUACCAUAUCACCUCCACCUUUUAUUUCAGAUGUGACAAAUUCAAGUAAUGUCAGUUUACCUCCAAUCGGUAUCGCUGUCGGUCGUUAUGAAGCCAUAUGUUAUGCUGUAGAAUCAGCAACUAAAAUCAAUUGUCAACUUACAAAAUUUUUAAGUGAUAUUGAUAGAAUCAUGUAUGAAAUUGCUGCUGUUGCUGAUUCAGCACCUGUUCUUUCAAAUCCUGUUAUUGGGCAGUUAUGUUUGGCCAAGUAUUGUGUUGAUGAAUCGUGGUAUAGAGGUAGAGUUGUUUCAACUGAAAAAGAUAUUGUUGUUGAGUUCAUAGAUUUUGGAAACAAAGAUGUUGUGCCAUUAAAAGAUAUUAGAGUUUUUCCAGAAAUGUUUGCUAAUGUACCACAAGCUUGUGCAUCUGUUGUUUUACAUGAUGUAAGCAUUUUAGACAUUGAUGUUGUAGCUACAAAAAAAUGGUUGGAAGCUUCGUUUUUAGAAGCAAUUUUACAGUUAGAUGUUCAGGAAGUUCUUGAUGCCACAACUGUUAGUGCUUAUGUUUUUGAAAAUGGCAAAUCAGAACAUAUUAAUGAUCAAGUUUAUGAAUUACAUGCUUUUUCUUAGCAGGUUAAAACUAUUGCAUAUUUUUCAAUAUCAUCAUUCAUCAAACUAAAAAAAAAAAUAGUUAUAUCUUAUUUUAGUAUUCAUGUUGGCGUGAAAAUAUUGAGAAAAUGCGUUUUGACGACAUUAAAGUUCCCAUCGAAAUGCUAUCAAAAUGGUUUAUGUAAAGUAAAUUAGGGAUCUUAAAUUUUUUACCGUUGGGUUCAUCAACUUUUAGUUAUCGAUUACUAGGAAAUUUUUACAAUUAUACUUGCUAUUUACGUUACCAAGUGUCGAUUAUGGAGAUUGCGAAAGAAUAAAACAAAUAGAAAUAUUUGUCUUUUUUCUAUCGGCAUUUGUUGAUAUUUACCUCAGUGGAUUCUAAUUUUAAUGACGUUAGCCGAACGAAUAUCGGAUGGCUCUGUCAAGAUCUUGUUUAUUCGUUACAGUUGUGUAUUUAGUUUUAAAAUGAUUUGAUAGGUCCAAAGGUUAUUUAGAAUGCAAUUUUGUAGAAGUUUUAUAAAAAAUAUAUAUUUACUUUUUAUUAAUUUAAAUAUAUUUAUUUUGUUACCAA